GGAAGGAAGCGUUCCCUUUAACAGGACCCAGCUUUUAAAUAAAGUUCCCUUUAUUUCUGCGCGCUGUCAUGGCUGCGCCCAUGAGUGGGGAGAGCUGCUGGUUUGUGGCUUUAUCUCUCGGGGUUUCCUUCAUCAAAUGUCUCCUCAUAAAUGCUUACCAUUCCACAGAUUUUGAAGUUCACCGGAACUGGCUUGCUGUCACUCACUCUCUGCCGGUGUCCCAGUGGUACUAUGAAGCAACGUCUGAGUGGACACUGGACUAUCCUCCCCUGUUUGCUUGGUUUGAGUAUGGACUGUCGCAUAUCGCCAGAUACUUUGAUGCGGAGAUGCUGGUGGUGCAGAAUUUGAAUUAUGCGAGCUCGGCCACUGUGUUGUUCCAGAGACUGUCCGUCAUUGUCACCGAUGUGGUCUUCAUUUAUGCAGUUAAAGAAUGUUGCAAAUGUUUGCGAGAAGAGAAGGGGAAGGAUCAGCUGGGGAAGCCCUCUUUCAUCCUGGCUACACUGCUGUUGUGGAACUUUGGUCUUCUCAUCGUUGACCACAUUCAUUUCCAGUAUAAUGGUUUCCUCUUUGGUGUACUGCUUCUGUCAGUUGCACGACAUUUUCAGGGCAGACACCUGGAAGGGGCCCUCUUGUUUUCCAUCCUCUUAAAUCUGAAGCAUAUAUAUCUGUAUAUUGCACCUGCCUAUGGCAUCUUCCUGCUCAGAUGUUUCUGCUUCACUCAAAAUAAUGCAGAUGGUUCAUUACAGUGGAAGAGUUUCAGCCUUUUCCGGUUAGUAGCACUUGGAUCGAUUGUUUUGUCCACCUUUGCAGUGUCAUUUGGACCCUUCAUUAUAAUGGGACAACUUUCACAAGUCAUUUCCAGACUCUUCCCUUUCAAGCGAGGACUAUGUCAUGCCUACUGGGCACCCAAUAUCUGGGCUCUUUACAACAUAGCAGACAAAGCUCUUUCCAUUUUGGGUAUAAAACUCAAGCUGCUUGACCUUAACAAACUUCCCAAGGCCUCGAUGACCGGAGGUUUGGUUCAAGAAUUCCAGCACUCUGUUCUUCCAUCUGUGUCUCCUUUAAUGACACUUAUUUGUACAUUACUCUCAAUCCUGCCUGUUCUGCUCAGUAUGUGGAGGAGACCUAAUGGAGCCAGAGGUUUUCUGCGUUGCAUGGUUAUCUGUGCACUUGGAUCUUUCAUGUUUGGCUGGCAUGUGCAUGAGAAAGCUAUUCUGAUGGCAAUACUUCCUCUAAGUUUACUUGCAGUUGAGAGUAAGGAGGAUGCCAGGACAUUUCUGAUCCUCAGCACAACAGGCCAUUUUUCUCUUUUUCCACUGCUCUUCACAGCCCAGGAGCUGCCCAUCAAAAUUCUUCUCAUGCUGCUGUUUACAAUCUUCAGUUUCACAUCUCUGAAGAAGCUUUUCAGUAAAUCUGGCCAGCUGGUGAACUCGGUGGAAGCUGCUUAUCUUCUGGGCCUGGUUCCUCUGGAGCUCAUCUGUGAGUUUAUUUACCCACUGACUUCCUGGCAGCACACGCUGCCUUUCAUCCCCCUGCUCCUCACCUCCAUCUACUGCGCACUAGGUGUGCUCUACUCCUUUAUCAGACUCUACCUUUCAGUGCUGACUGCUGCAGACUCCAGAAGCAAAGCUAAAGCUCAGUAAGUCAUGGAGGUUGGAGGUAAUGUGGAAGGACGAUUAAAUGAUAAGUAUACAUUUUUGACCAAAAAGGGUACUUCAGGGCUUGCAUUGGACUUAUAGAGGAAGUUGUUUUCAGGGAAUGGGUGUUAUGUGUAAUUGCUAACAUUUUGUGGGGGUGCAGAGUUGCUUUCUACUGUGUGUAGUAUUUUUAAUUAAAGAAUCUCUUUUUUUUUUAAACAAAUUGAAAGAUCUCAUUCUUCAUUCUUGAUCAAGAACUUUUGGCAAAUACCUUAACAGUUAGCACCUAAACAUCGCCCCCAGUUAUUAUGAUGAACAUAAAACAAAAUACCAUUAUAAUUUUUUUACAUUUUUAUUCUGAAUAAGGCAACAACACAAUGUAUUGCAUUCCAGGACAUACUUUACCUGAAUUUCAAAGAGAUUGAAAAAUUAAUUUGUGUAUACUGCAUGAAAAAAUAAAUUUAUUUUCAUCAAGUCUUCAGACUUUACAGGUGAAGAACAGUGAAUAACGGUCACUCCAAAAAAAGUAGCCUUUGUAGAUUAGAUUCUCUGUAUACUUACAAAGCAUUGAUUCAAAAGCUUUGAUUAAAGACACCUUUAGAAAACAGUGAGUGAUCACCCUCGCACUCUUCUGAUAGUAGAAAUACAACUGCUUAAAAAUAGUAAUUAAGCAAGCUUGUCAACCAGAAGUCCCUCCAUGUUGUCUCAACAAUGGUUUCUAAGCUGAGUAACUAAACAAAGGAGAUCAGAAGCAUCAGCUAAGAUGUUCCAAAAGCAGUCUUAAGUUCAUUGAUUGAUUGAUUAAACUGCUGCUAGUUUUAAUGAGCUCUGAAGCCAUGCAAACUUGAAUAUUUGCUAAUGUACUUGAUUCAAAUGCAAAAAAUGGGGACACUGAGGAAAAUUAGUCACUUUGAUUUGAUAAGAAGAUAGCAGGUAUAUAAGCUGUGUUUGUGGAUGAAAUGCAUCUGAACUUUACUUCACUGCGUUAUAUAUUUUUGGCGAGCACCAUUUCAUAUGAUUUUUAGAGGUGUUAAAGUUAGUGAGUUAAAGCGAUAAAUUAUCAGUGCCACAAUUUUUUUAAUGCCACUAUUUGUCUGUAGUUCCAGCCUGAAGCCCAGCUGCUUGCCAGCUAUUACUACAACACUGUGACCGCAGUCCUUUCCUAAACAUUCCUAAACAUCGCUCAGUUGCUUUCGUCAAAUAAUGAACAAAAUCUGUGAAGCAGCUAUUCAAAUUUGCAUGGCUUAAUACAAUAGUUGCUCAAAGUAAAAAAGACAAAGGAGGGCUCUUAAGUACAAAUAUGCUUUGCGAGAUUGUGAUCCUUUUUUGUUUUAUUGAUUUGCUUUAUUGUUUUGAUAUUAUGGUGUUUUUACCUGAAUUUGUGUUCUGCAGUAUUUCAAAAUGAGCUUUCAGUAUAGCCGAGAUUGGUAUUGCCAUUGUUUCUUGGGAAGUUUAGAUGGCAAAGGCAAUAUUCUGUCUUCCCCUCCUCUCUGUAAACCAUUAUACAUUCUGAUAUCUCUACCACUAAUAGCAAGCCAUUCCAUUCAGUACAAAUAAGGCGCUUACCGACAUGGAAGUUGCCUAAGCACCACUUCUUCCAACAGUUCUUGGCAAACUCACAUCUGCUUUUCUUUAAAAAGCAGUACGUUCCUCUUAAUUCGUUCUCUUGCGAGUCUUGCCAGCAGUCUCCUUUGAACCUCUUAAAGCAUUAGCAGAUCAGUCCAGUGUGGCUUUACAUCUCCAACCUGUCUCCCUCAAAUUGUGCUUCUUGAAGGAACGUCACAGAUUGAGCUGCAUACACCCUUUUGUCCAAAGAAAGUCCACUUAUUCUCUCCUGUGUUUGGUUUUCAAGUAAAAUCAUGGGGGCUUUGUCUUUGUUCUGAAUUGUCUUUGCAGUAAAUCCUUAUUUGCAA